CUCGAGAAAAGAAUCAGACAUGGGAGAAUUAGCCAGUGAAGAAGAACAACGAUGGGUUUGCCCGAACGAUCGGCAAUUGAACUUAAGAGCGAAGCUAAAUUCGGGAUGGUCUUUUCAUUCAAGUGGGCCCGCAAGGAAGACUGGCAGAAAGACAGAUAUCACUGACAACGAACAAGAGAUCAUCAGAAAUGUUUUGGAGCGCGCUGAUAGAAUUCGUCAAGUCGAAGAAGAGAGGAUCGGGCGACUGGUAGAGAAGUUGGAUAACAUGCGCAAUAAUGCCAUUGGAGAUGGAAGAGAUACAUGCCUUUUAUGCAGUUCCAAGUUCGGAACCUUGAAAGUUGUUGCAAAGAGAUGUGAUAUUUGUGAGAAGUACGUUUGUCAGAAGUGUGGCCUGGAUACUCUUGAUAGCGAUGGUGAUGUUAUAUGGCUGUGUAUGUUGUGCAGUGAACACAGAGAGCUAUGGAAAAGAACUGGUGCUUGGUUUUUUAAAGCUAUACCCAAAUACACAUACCCUGAAGCAAGAAGCCGAGUAUCCAGCAACAGAAAAGACACAACUGCUUCAAAUAGCUCUGACAUAUCAAAUUAUAAGUACAACAGCACAUGGACAAGUUACUCUAAAUCAAAAGAUAAUUUGGAUGAUGAUAUCAGAGAAGAAAGCUACUCAGAGGAGGAAGAGUCUAGCAGCUCCUCAGAUGAAAUGUUGUUUGAACAUUCUAAAGAGUACACACAUUCAAACAGAGGUAGAUCUUCCCAGGACCCAGUAUCCUUCACAAAUCGGAGAUCAGCGGAAAUGUCAAUGCCUGGAAGCAGCAUAUUAGAAAGCAUAGACACUCCUCCUCCAUUCCGCAAGAGAACUCUUGCGAUGACACAAGAUGAAAAGCAGCGUCGGCCAUCUGAAAUCAGCCAAAAUUCAAGUUCACUUCAAACCACGAAUGGCCAGCUCUCACCAGAUAGCAGUCAUACAAGGGCAGAGUCACCCAAAAGGGAAAAAAGUGGUAGUUUUACAGGAAGUGUCAAUUCUACGGUACCAGACAGGAGAGACGAAGUUGAUGGUAGAGCUAAGCCACUGGUUAAAACGCAAGACACAGAAGAAGAAGACAUUGAUGAACUGGUGAGGACAUUUAAAGAGUCUGAGGCUGCUGUGCCUAAGGAUACUGGGGAUGCUGGUUUGGGAACAAUAGAGUUUGAUGUUCAUUAUGAUAAACAACACAGUCAGCUUCAGGUGACAGUCAUUUGUGCAAAUGGCCUGAAAGCUAUGGAUUCUGGUGGUACAUCUGAUCCUUAUGUUAAGCUUCACCUUCUCCCUGGUGCUAGUAAGAGUAACAAGUUAAGGACUCAUACAAAGUACAAGACUCUUAACCCACAAUUUGAUGAAACGCUGGUAUACCAUGGCAUCACAGAUGACGACAUAUCAAAGAAAUCACUCAGACUUCAGAUUUUUGAUGAAGAUAAACUUGGUCGCAACAGCUUUAUUGGGGAGACUUGUGUGACUCUUAAAAUUUUCCACAGUAAGCCUUUGCAGUCACUGAAAAGGUCACUUGUCUCUAGAGCUUCUUUUGAUGAUGGACGGGAAUCUCCGGAGCCUGAUCUUGGCCGCAUUCAGCUCUCCCUUAACUACAAGUCACAGAAAAAUCAACUUGUUGUUGGUGUGAUUCGCUGUGCCGGACUAGCAGCCAUGGACGCUAACGGCUAUUCAGAUCCUUAUGUCAAGUGUUACCUUAAACCAGAUGUACACAAAAAAUCCAAGAGAAGAACCAGCGUAAAGAAAAAGACGCUUAAUCCUGAAUAUAAUGAAGAGUUUGUCUAUGAAAUUGCUCACCAUGAUCUCGCAAAGAAAUGCUUAGAGUUAACAGUAUGGGACUAUGAUGUAGGAAAAAGCAACGACUUUAUAGGUGGAGUUGUAAUGGAUAUUAAUUCAAGCGGCAGUUCACUGAUGCAUUGGUACGACAUGCUUAAGACGCCAAACCAGGUUCAUACACACUGGCACACACUGGAAAAACUAACCAAUCACGAACAGGAGUAAGAAGUCACCUGGCUGAUGAUGAAAAUCAACCAAUCAAAAGGUGGCUCGAGUCAAGUUACGCAACGAGUCGUUAACAUGGAUCAUCGCACAACAAGGCAACAAUGGAGACUAAAAAGUAUAAAGGGGGAUGUUCCAAAUUAUGUUAUUUUCCAAGUGAAAUGAACACGUAAUAAAAACGAAAGGGAUUUUAAAUUAUAUUAUUUAUUUUUAGCAGCCAUUUAACCAUGAUAUUUUGCAAAGUUAAGAGCAUGGCUACAAAUGUAGGUACGGUUCAAUCCCAAUGUAGCAAGCAGUUCUGUGUGGUAUUACUGUACUUAGAUGUAACAAAUAACAACAAAAACAACAGUUUAUUCGUACCAUGCAAUAAUGACUAUUUCCCUUUUCGACCUAAAAACAAAAAGAAAUGGUAGUGUAGCAAUAAUUAUUUUCUCAUCACGUGUGCAAGGGUAAAUUUUCUCUUGAUAGCUCAUUCUUCGUUAAAUUCAAGUACAUAGUAUGGUGCUGUUUCAUUAUUAUAAUGAUGUCCUGUACAUUUGAACCAAGGAUUGUUACAUUACUUGGUUCGUUUUUCCAACAUUUCAUUAUAUACUUGGGUUGUUCAUUUAACUUUGUUGUUCUGAGUUCAUUUUAUUCAGUGAUUCUUUAUGCCAAAGGGAAUAUGGUGGAGGGGGACAGGGGGGCGGGGAGCCCGGGAGAAUAGGGGGGGAGGCGGGAGAGGAAAGGGAGGGAAGUGGGAGUUCUAAGAAAUGGGGAAUCAUUUAUUAAGCGUUAAACUACUCUUAAAAACAACAACGCAAAAUGUUAUUUGACUUGCAUUGAACUUAUUUUGAGGCUUCUGAACCAACGGAAAAACGAAAUUUCGUUCUUGGGCUAAACAACUGAGGUUUACUUCCGGUAAAAUUGGAAACCCUUUUACGGUGGUUACGUCAUUGUCGUUUAAGCUUUUAAAAGACGUGAGUAACAGGAGCAAGGCUGAAAACAAAGGAAAAAAGGAAAAGGGAACGCCCAAGGAUUGCCAGAUAAAUGACUAAGAUGUGUUUUGAGUCUCCUUAUUUACAGGGGACGGGAGCAAGACGGACAAGGGCGGGAGUCGGGAGAUAAAGGUACGGGAAGCGGGANCCCCCCCCCCCCCCCACAAUAUGGAGUUUGUUGAGGUGUAAUUGCACUAUUGUGGUUGCAAGAAAAGUCAGGUAGAAGCUGUCAAUUCAGCAGUACAGUUGUAAACGGUAUUAAUAUGCAGCGUACAGGACAGUGUUCAUUUAUACCUAUGAAUUUAUUGGAUUAAUGACAUAAGAAGCGUCUGUCUUCAAUGUGGUAAAGAUUUAAUAUGGUAAAGUCAAUAUAGCAUUGUUGAAUUCAUGGCACAAGUGCAAAAUGGACGGGUGCCAAAAAAACGUAGGGUGAUUUGUUAAUCUUUUAUCACAUAAACCAAUUGCAAACGACUGGUUGUACAACAAGAAAUACAGUAAAGUAGAGUGAAUUCACUCAGUUGCGCUGUGAAUAUAGGGAGCAUUGGUAGUUGCUAACUUACGUACACUCUAUGUAAAUUCACUAGCUAUCCAAUAGUCAAUAAAUUAUUAUAAAUAAACAACACUCUAGAAAGCUG